GACAGACACAGUUUGUAUACCGGUGUAUACCUCUCCUCAAGAUCGCUUCCUAUUCCUCACUCUAACUUGUAUAAAAACCUCAAAAUUAUGCCCUCGUUGCCCUCGAACUACAAUGAAAUCACCUCUCCAGAGCAUUUUCAAUCUCUGUUGUCUGCGGACCUCAACCGAGUGUCCCUCAUCAAUUUCUGGGCACCUUGGGCGGCUCCAUGUGCUCAGAUGAACGAAGUCGUGUUGGAACUCGCCAAGAAGUAUCCUCAACUGUUGGUGCUUCACGUAGAGGCCGAAUCCCAAAGCGACAUCUCCGAGUCAUUUGAGAUUGAGGCGGUCCCAACCUUUAUCAUCUUGCGUGGACAUACACUACUUGGACGUAUAUCUGGUGCCGACGCAGCUACCUUGACCAGCUCGAUCGCAAAUCACGUCCGUCCACCAUCCUCCGUCCACCCGCUCGCACACACAGACCAAAUCCCCGCUACUGCGCACAACUCUUACGGGCUUGAGAAAGAAGAGUCGCAAGAGGAACUCAAUGCCCGACUGAAGGGUCUCAUGGAGAAGAGCAAUGUAGUACUGUUCAUGAAAGGUUCUCCGGACGCCCCGCGUUGUGGAUUCUCCAGAAGGACGGUCGCUCUGCUGAAGGAUCAAGGCAUCGAAUUCACUCAUUUUGAUGUUCUGUCCGACGAGAGCGUGCGAUCCGGCUUGAAGGUCUUGAACAACUGGCCGACGUUCCCCCAAUUAAUCAUCAAGGGCGAGUUCGUUGGCGGAUUGGACAUCGUACAAGAGAUGGUAGAAAACGGAGAACUGAAGGAGAUACUAGCUUGAUUGGAUCAUGCGCGGGGUUUUUGGUUGGCUAGCAUUGUUUCGCCGGAUGGUAUGCUAUGUGCGGAUGUAGGUACGCUCGUGUAUACUCAGAUCGCAAGCUGUUUUCGUGUACUCUUUUGAUCGUUUUUCGUUCUCGAUUCUGGAAUGACGAGUCUUAAGCUUCGCAUGUGACG